UGAAAGUGGCCGAGGCAGAAGCUGUAAGAGUUAUCUAAAUCCAGAAGAUGGCAGUAGUGCAACAUUAAGGAUGCAACUGCCGUUAAAACUCAAAGAAGAAGAAAAAGUAAAACACGGAAGUGACGUCAAGAAGCAGACAUCAAGGGAUUUUUAUUUUUAUUAAUUUUUAUUUACAAAGGCAACAACAUACAAUACACUUGUUGGGGAAAAGGAUGUGCAUGCGUAGCUAUAUAUAAUACACACGUCAAGGGAUGUUUUUAGAUUACGGAAGUUUGUCAGGUGGCUACACCACUAGUUAGCUAGCUAUGCUAUUAAAAAAAUGUUAUUUGCCGAUAACAGUUUUACACGCUUUAUGUUGAGAAAAGACUGUUUAUAGUAUUUUAAUACUAACAACGGUCUUCCGCUACAGUAAGAUCUACAGUCUGACCUUUUUUGAUAAAAUACUGACCUUAGUAGAGUGACGCUAACGUUACGUUUAGUUAGCUAGCUGAGCAGCACAACUAGCUAGCUAGAGACAUCAACAUGUCACAUGUUACUCCUUCCUCCGGUUCAAUCGUAGUAGCUGACUGGCAUCGAUGUAAAGACAGCAAAGAAUAUUUCAGCAAAAUUCUACACAAGAAGAGACGCAAAAACUUCGGUAUGACUAAGAAACUACCAUUUUGGUUGAAUCACAACAGUUUUCAAAAGAAACACAUUAUUAGUCAUAUGCACAUGAAAACCACGGGAGCAGGUGGACGCCGCCCUUUUCUUGUUCUCCCCCGACGGCUCUUCGUGAUCUGUCAAAUCAAAAUUUCUAAAAGGAGGGACACCGUGACGUGGGUUUUGAAUUUGGUGGUUGGCACCAAAUUUGACCUUUUCAUGCACUGUGAUGUGGCAGACAGAGACGUGAGAGACUUCCAGGAGACAUGGAGCUUACCGGUGCUGCGUGUAGGUGGGGACGUCAGUGACACGCUGGGUGAUGUAGCCCCCCUCCUCAACUGCCUGGCGGAGAACCUGUGGCAUCAGGACUGUGUUACAGCCAGAUCAGCCAGCCACCCUUAACAGCAGGAGACAGAGACUCUACUUUAAUGCCAAAAGGGAUUUUAAAGGGCGUUGAGGUGAAACUGGGGGUUUUACCCGGGGUUUGUCCCCUUUUGGGGGAAAUUUGCAUUGGGCAGUAUCUGGGACGUGUUUAAGCUUUUCAGGUGGGAGAGAGGCUGCUGUUGAGAUGAAUGGGCAUUCCCUGACACUAGGACUGCUGUCAAGAUGGAUUCUUGAUUCUGAAACAUCUUAAAUUCUAUCCUGUCAGCAGGGUGUUGUUCAGUCAUGAUUAUGGGUAUGUUCCAUUGCACUUAAAUUGCUUCCUCGAAACCUCAACUUGCUUCCCUUAAGGACUAGCCAAUAAAAAGGAAAUCAUAGAAGGAGAGAGGCAACGAGCAAAUGUGUUUUAGAAGGAUGAGACGUCCUUUCCUCUGAAGAGUCACAUGAAUUUGUCAGUUGUUUGGGCGUUAACUUUUUCAGCCGCAUGGAUUCCGGGAAGGCUGCUCUCGUGUGCCCUCGCCUAUAGCUUCUCAGUGGUCCCUCCUCAGGGCAGAAAUAAGAGCUUUGAGACGGCCUUCAGAGAGGAGGGACAGAACACCUUCCGGUUCAGCCGAGGAGCU